UAUCCUGAACUUUUGUCAUCCACUUUGAGCAAUAAGUUUUCUAAUUUGCUUCCUAGCAAUUAGAAUUUGAGCAAAAUUAUGGAAAUAAUAAGAAUUAUUGUCACCCAAUGCUAACCAUCUAAUAAAAGAAAUUUGCCUAAGAAAUCCUCUUUCUUUUUCAAUCGGAUGUAAGCUUGAGUCACUUCGUUAAAUUAUGCGAAGAGUUCCAGAGAAGGGCUUUGCAAAGCAUCUUUGUUCAAUUUCAUGAGUUCCCCUUUCAAUGAGUACUUUUUAUGUUUUACACCUAGGAGUCAAUCCCUGAUACUCUAUGCUGCCAACUAUCCUUUAGACUUAAGUUAAACUGUUGACUAGGACUUUAGGAAAGAGCAAAAUGCCAUAGUGGUUCGAGAAAUAUGGAGCCAAGAUUUCAACCACACUAUCAGAAAAUUGACGAAUGCAAUCCACAUUCACCAUAAGUCUAUCAAGCUUCCAGUUAAUUGGAUUACCUUGUUGCUGGUUAGCCCGAGUAAAAAUGGGUCUAGUAGCCUUGGGAUCCAAAAUCUCCAUCUUCUCAACACAUUCUCUAAAUCAAUCAUGCUCCCUAAUAUAGAAACCUUAUUUGAUGCCUUGGUAGUAUCCAAAAUAGCAAUAAAAUCUGCCCUAAAACCCAAGGGAACCCCUGUACCUUCCAUUUGCUCAACUAUUUAAAUGCACAUGAUGUCUCAUUCUCUUCAUUAGAGCAAUAAACUACCGUAUAGAAGAAUUGUUCUCCUUACUUUAAAGAGAUAAUAGAAUGAAUGAAAUUCUCCUCCACAACUAGCACUUGUAGCUUGACUUUAUCAUUCUACGCAAGCCAAAUUCUUCCAAAGCACUUGUUUCUUGUGUUUAUUUCUUUGAAAUUUUGGGUUGUAAAUGUGAUGCCAUACUCUCUUCAUGCCUAUUUUGAUCCAUCCUCGACCAUUCCUUUGCUCAUUUUCAACUGUAGAUCAACUUAUUUUUUUUCAUACUAAAACUCUACAGAUUGACUUUCCCUUUGUCAUGCCCCGAACUAUGUUUUAUAGCCCCCGUUUUCACCUUUGAACUCACUGGUUUUCCCAAGUGUGGGGGAACUUUUCCCUUUUUAAUUUUGAGAUCCUUCUGGCAUUUCCAAAAAUUAUCUUUUGGUUUGUUUUGAAUAUUUUUCUGGAGUGUUGAUUGUAUCUCAUUUUUGCAGGAGAAAAGAUAAGGUGAAGGGUAUUGAGUCGGGACGGAGCUCGAACCCACCUCCUAGAGCUAGUUUUGGUAUCUUCUAGUAUGCCACACAUACUUGGCAUAGGUUUAGCCGAGAUACAACAGAGGAGAGGGAUGAACGAACAAUGGAGCCUUAGGUGGUACAGGAGGAACACCCGCACAGGAUUCUGAGUCCCAAGCAGAAGAGGUUGAACAACAACCUCAGGGUCACUAGAGGAGAUGCCCCACAUUGAUCAUUCGUUCCUCCAGGCUGUCCCAUUCCUCGACCGGGAGCGUCUUCAAUGAUACUAGAUCAUGGAGACCGGGGAGAGCGAAUGCCUCAACUAGUUGAUAUUUCCCCAAUUUGGAGUGGAGGGUUUGAUCUGCCUAAGAUCUUGGAUCUAGUAUGGCUCAGAAUUUUUGAGAUCAAUGAAAGGAUCUACCGAGUUCUCACCCUAGAGUUCUUGAGUAUGCUGCGGAUUUUGAAGAUCAAGGGAUCUGCUGCUGAGGACAGUCUCCAGAUUCACUUCCAUCUGGGAGGAGUAAAGCGAGAGAUUUUGGUGAGCGAGUUUACUUUAGAUCUUGAUAUCUACCCUCCGAGAUUCAAUCAAGAACACUACCCUCGUGAUUGCCCUCCAAUAAAGUUGGCUUGCUAAAACUGUAGUGAGGCCUCAAUCAUAGACUUACACUCCUCCAUAUUGUGACUCGACUCACCUCACCAAUGAUAUUUCACGUGUUACUUUUCAUUGCCUUUCAUAGAUGACGCAAAUUGAUCAAUUUUCUUCGAGAUUUCUUGUAUAUGAGCUGCUAACAAAGAUAGUUCUUCAAUCUUUAAUAAACUUAUGUUCUUCAC